AUUCCCCACUUCAAAAGAUUCCAAGGACAACACAACCACCUUCCCUUUUUCCAUUUUUAACCUCCUACAACUUCUAUAUCUAUCUCCUCUUACACCCUUUAAAACGCCAAUCUGCCCUUGUUUCUUCAUCAUUUUUUGACACUCUGAAUUUGAUCUUUUGAUUCCUUCAAUCAAAUUUCAAUAACCCUUUUGCUUCUUCAACUUAAACCUUUACCAAGGAAGAAAACCGGAGUACCCAAAAUGCCGUCUGUCCAUUCCAGUCCAUUUUUCCAAAUGGACAACCCGGCAAUUCUGUCCCUCCUCCGCCAUGGUCCAGGAGAGAAGCGGGCGUCCAAGUCCUCCGGUGGGUUACUCAAGAUGUUCAAGCUAUUCCCCAUGUUAACCUCAGGGUGCAAGAUGGUUGCUUUGUUAGGCAGACCCAGAAAGCCUAUGCUCAAAGACAAUGCCACAACCGGUACAAUUUUCGGCUACCGCAAAGGCCGAGUUUGUCUAGCAAUUCAAGAAGAUCCUCAUUGCGUGCCUAUGUUCGUGAUAGAGCUGCCGAUGCUCACCACUGCACUUCAGAAGGAAAUGGCGUCGGACAUUGUCAGGAUUGCGCUGGAGAGCGAAACAAAGACGCAUAGGAAGAAACUGCUGGAGGAGUUCGUAUGGGCAGUUUAUUGCAAUGGAAGAAAAGUUGGGUACUCGAUCCGGAGAAAGCAAAUGUCGGAUGAUGAGCUUCAUGUUAUGCAGGUCUUGAGGGGAGUUUCAAUGGGAGCAGGAGUGCUUCCAGGCCCAAAUGACCAGAAAGAAACGGCAGAUGGAGAGUUGACUUACAUGAGAGCAAGAUUUGAGAGGGUGAUUGGGUCUAAAGACUCUGAAGCUUUAUACAUGAUAAACCCAGAUGGUGCACAGGGACCAGAAUUGAGUAUUUUCUUUGUUAGGACUCAUUAGCUAAUUACUUUCUGCAACACUCAGCCUUCAAUACUAUAUUGUAGAGUAGUACUAAAACAUAUUUUUUUCUCAUGCUUUUUGUUUUUUCUUUUUCUCAUAGAUUGUGUUAAUUUCUCAAGGUUUUUGCUUGUAAAUUAUUAAAAUUAAAAUUUUAAAAAGAGAC